AACAUUUUCACCUUUUUUUCAGGGAACAGAAAAGAGGAAAAAGGAUGUUGGCUUUUAAUGACUCCAGAACAUUUAUCAGGAAAGACCAUCCUGCCUACAAAACACCAGCUGUUCCUGAACUGCAGAGGCUGCUGUGGGUUCGAGGCGGAGGGAGUGGACAUGUGGACCAAGUGUGGCCUAAACUCUACCUUGGAGAUGCCUGGGCUGCAAAGGAUAAGAGGAUGCUGCAGUCACUUGGUGUCACUCAUGUUCUGAAUGCUGCUCAUGGAAAAUACAACAUCUGCACUGGAGAAAGCUUUUACCAAGAGAUGAAAAUAACCUACUUUGGAGUAGAAGCUUUUGACAGUCCUUCAUUUGAUAUCAGCCCCUUCUUCUAUUCUUCAGCUAAAUUCAUCAAGGGGGCUUUGAGCACCCCUGGUGAUAAAGUAUUUGUCCAUUGUGCAAUGGGAGUCAGCCGAUCUGCCACUCUGGUGCUGGCUUUCCUCAUGAUCUGCGAGAAUAUGACCCUGGUGGACGCCAUCAAGACGGUGAGUGAACACAGGAAUAUCUCUCCCAACAGCGGAUUUCUCGAUCAACUGCGAGAACUGGACAUGCGCUUAAACGAACGAAGAUAAUGACUGAGCUCCUCUUUAACGCUUGUCUACAGUGUGUAAUAGUACUGGGUAUGAGGACGGUCUAUGCCUAAAAGGUUUAUGUUUGUAAUGAUGGUCUGAAUAUCACCAAAGCCUCCCGACUCACAAUAAAGGCUGCUAACCACUUAAUGCUCAAUUA